UGCAUUUUAGUUCUUCAACAAGCGGGGUUCCGUAGUGACUGCGCUCCACCAGAAGUCAUAGUAAAUGGAUCCGUUUUACCUGGCGGAGGAGGAACAAACUUUAGAGGAGUGCACGAAGUCCAGUUUCUUGGGAUCAUCGGCCCAUUAGCACAGAAGCGCGUGUGCAAAAUUAAGUGCUUUAACGGAGUCUGGAUAGGACCACUCUGUACAAUUCAAGAAGGCGGAGACCGUUUUCAACCUAUCUUGCAUCAGUGUUCUUUGCGAGUAACAGACGCUGAAGUAGUGGUCAGUUAUGAAGGGAAAAUAUUGACCAUUGAUCGAGAGAUGACUCUUCCUCACGGCAGUAAAUUGGAAAUUAGAUGUUCUGAAGUAGGCAUGUUUAAAUUCGUUGGUCAGAGGAAUUUGACAUGCUCGAAUGGCCAGUGGAGUUCUGCGUUUCCCAGCUGUGUAGCCACAACUUUACAGCGAAAUUUCUCAGAACAAGCUCCACCCACAAUAAUAUACAAUGUAGUGACUGGAGACGCUGACAUAACUGAGACAGGGGAAGUGGUCGUUCUUCCAGGUAGCAUCGUCCAUCUCAACUGUCUGUUUCAACGAGAACAUGGUAAUCCUGAAUGGACAUGGUCAUCCACCCAAAGGCAGUAUCCUUGCGGAUGGUCCGUAUCAGCUGAAGACAGAAGCUGGAAGUAUCGACUUUCUAUCUAUUAUGCUAAAGAAGAAGACACCGGUGAAUACAGCUGCAUUACGCCCCGAGGAGAAAUUAAUGGAAUUCGCAUUACUGUAAAAGAUGUGGAGUGUCCGCCGAUUCAAUCAGUAGAUCACAACCGUGUGAUGGCCGUUGAAGGAAACAAACUGCAUAGCAAAGCCCACUUUGCAUGCAUGGAAGGCUUCAAGUUGGUUGGUUCGAAGGACAUCACGUGCACAGCUUCAGGCAGAUGGUCAGAUGGUCCGCCUAGUUGUAAAAUCAUUCGGUGCCCACCUCUCACACCGGAUUCUCAGCACCUGAAACUCAGCACCCACAACCGGACGUACGGUGCCAGGGUCAACUUCUCCUGUCCAACCAGCUACCGACUUGUAGGGGCAUCUUCUCUUGAGUGCUUGAAGAAUGAAUCCUGGUCAAGUGAUCCACCAAUAUGUGAAGCUAUAGCAUGCCAACCUCCAAUUCCACCUCCUAAUGGCCGGAUAUUUGACACAGGGCGCUACCUGACGAGAGACACAGUAACGUUUGUUUGUCACACAGGGUUUAUUCUGAAAGGUGAACCUGUAUUGGUUUGUAACGAUGAAGGAGAGUGGUCUCAACCAACUCCAAUCUGUAAGCCUGCCUGUGAAUUCCCGGGUGAACCAGCAAACGGACAUAUAAUCCCAACUAAAUUCCAUUAUGACAUCGAUGAAUUUGUUGUAGUGUCAUGCAACAAAGGAUACCGUCGACUGGGAUCCAAACAGUUGCGCUGCACUCUCUCUGGACACUGGUCAAGUCCUUUGCCUCAUUGUCGUCCUUACAGUAGAUAAACAAGAUGGUUUUCUGCCCCCUACUGGUUGUUUGAAGAAUUACCUAUAUGUUUCUUCCAUAGGGAAGUGGGUCCAGUUAGCUACGGUCAAAUGAACUUGUGAUAAAAUUUUGACCCGAUCUAUAUAUAAACCGUUAAUCAUCUUUUCUUUUACGGGGAAAAAAAAAGCGGAUGAAUUGGCUGAAAAAUACGACAUUUAAUAAAAUGUUUUAUACCGAAGCGAAUUAAUCUCGUUGAUGUAAGAACGUAUUACACUCGAGCUUUUGAAUAUCUUUAUGGAUUAGGCUUACUAAUAUUGUCUUAUUUUCUAAUCUAAUAGAUCUUUUUCGAUUCUGUCGUAUAUAAUUAUCAAGUUGUGUUUCCUUUAUCAUUUGCAAAUGCAGGAAGUUUUGUUAUAUAAAGUACUAAGCAUAUUAUCCUCCGUAUCACUUUUUUUAUAUAAUAAAGUGUUUAUCGAUGGCAUCUUUGUGUAAAGUUCAGUCUGCCCCUGCUGUUGUAAAAAUAGUUUGAAGCCAAAAAUGAACAGUAUAACCUAGUUUGUGGGUACAAUAUAUUUUGUAUUUAUUUUAAAACUCAAUAAUUACUUCUAAGACGAUAUUAGUAUUCACGAUGAUUAACACUUAAGGGGAAGUUAUUUGCUCCUUAACCCUUAGGUGAUAUAUCGAACUUAGCACGAUAUUCUAUGUUAUAAACGACGUGUUUGUUAGAGAAACUUUUCAACAUUUACUUUUAGCUUGACCCUCUUAAAUAUUUAAAUUGUGUUUCUCAAGGAACAUCUACCACACUAAAACAUUUAGAAGACAAAUAGAAGUACUGGUGCCACUUAAUGCUCCAAACAUAACACAAAAUGCAGCUUUAAAUGGAUAACUAUAAAUUAACUUAUUAGCAUCGAAUUACACAACAUUUCACGUUAAAACACCUUUUAAAAUAUCAAAGACGACACGUUAUGUGAUGUAUUGAAAAUACAUCAAAUUUUAUUUCGAGUAAUUCUUGUGUUAUUUAUUAUGUUCCAAAUUAGAUGUUAUUUUCGUGAAUAUCUAACAACUACUUUCAAAAAUGGGUUUAGACAGUGGGUUGACAUGUGGACUGAGUUUCCUAUGAAUUUUUCCUGCCGUUUUUUUUUGGGGGGGGGGCUGUGUGUGAAAGAGUUUUGGUUUCGAGACGUCGUUUCGGGAUCAAUGCUGAAAAUUGACAGAACUCCAAUGAAACUCAGUCCAAAUGACUAAAAAACGUUUUUACUAUUCGUAAGUUCUUGUGCCAUACAAUUCAACCAUUUUUCAUAAUCGUACACAUAUAAAUUUAUUGAAUGCACCUUUAUGGUUGUAUUAUAUUGUAUUCAAACAUUCAUUUUACUUACAACACCCUAUUUCCACCAAAUUAUCAUUGCUUUGAAAAUAAUAUUAACAUUUUUUGGACGAAAUCAAAUCAUUUGUUGUUUUUGUAAUUUAAAAUGACCUAAAAAGAAAAAAAUGUAUUUGGAAGUUCACAUUUAAUAAAAAUUAAUUUGUAAAGUACUAUGUCAGAUGAUUAUCUUUAUAAUACAAAUAACUAAUAUUAUGUUUAAUGUGCAUUAUUGCCUUAUUUUUGAAGUUCCCAAUAGUGUUUUGUGCAUGUUUUGGUUUUAAAAAACAUCUGUUCUUUAAACUAAAGGAACAUAUAAACCCGUAUACUGUAUUUAUCAUAUCUUUGAAAAUAAAUUUUGUCCCAUGAAA